UGGCGUUUCUUGUUAAUUGCCCUACUAAUUAAAGGAGUCCAUUAUCAGUCGAUCAUUAUACACCAUUCGAUAGCCCUUUUCAAGAGCUACAUGUCUGACGGUUCAAAUUUGAAAAAGCUCAUUUUCGACUUUUUGGCCAAAUGUCCGCUUGAAUGCCCACUGUGCGUUGGGGUGUUCAUCACUCGACAAAAACCUUACUCAAUAACACAGAUCAUUUUUUAAUUAUCUCAGCAACAGCAAAAAAUGCUUAAAAAGCUUUUUGUUAUUCAAUAGUUCAGUCUCAGUUAAAACUUGUAUGAAAUAUGAAAAGAUAGUCUCGGUUAAUUCACAAAAAUAUAAACGUUUUUCAAGUCUACUAGCAAAUUAAAGGCUUUUUCUUGUAACGCCGUAACGUCAACUAUUAUGCCUAUAGCUCACAAACGACUUGGGUAAACAACCUAAAAUUUUCAGAGAUUAUCCGGACGAUGUAGGAGCACCAGAUGAUGCAACCAACACUGAGCUCUCUAGAUGAUCUGAUUUACGAGAAAAACGAAAAAAAUAGUGAGCAAAACGUAAUACCAUAGCACUUGCCCAAGCCGCAGAGGAGAGUGAAUAAAAAACAGAUGCAGACGUUAUUUUUGAACUCGAUAAAGCAGGUUGCAUUAGUUGCAGUUCGUACGUCUGCGAAAACAAAACGUAGAGCGUCGACGAAAGUUUCUUAACAAUUAAUUAACGUUUUUACUAUUUUAGAGUGAAGAUGAAAAACGAAAAUUAUUAACAACAGAAGAAUAUUAUGAAUACGAUGAAGAGACACCUUAUUUAUUUCUGUCGGUCGAUUUGCCACCUCCACCUUUAUUUCGUGAUGAAACAAAAGAGAGUAUUAUACCACAAGUACCAUUAUUUCAAAUCUUAACAAAAUUUGAUGGACAAACAGCUAGAGAAUAUAAAACCUAUAAAGAAAAUUUUUUAAAACGUUAUGAAAUAACAAAGUUACCACCAUAUUUGAUUAUGUGUUUUAGGCGAUUUACAAAAAAUACAUUUUAUUUGGAAAAAAAUCCAACUAUAGUCAAUUUUCCAAUUAAAAAUGUUGAUCUUCGAGAUUUGUUACCUCCAGAUGUAGUGACUGCAGCAGCUGCAGAAAAUACGUCAUCAGUUUAUGAUUUAAUAUCGAAUGUUGUUCAUGAUGGAGAACCGGGAAAAGGAACAUACCGUGUUCAUGUUCUACACAAAGGUACCGGUACUUGGUAUGAAAUGCAAGAUCUUCAUGUCAUUGACGUAUUACCUCAAAUGAUUACUUUGAGUGAAUCCUAUGUCCAAAUUUGGGAACGGCGAGAUUUUGAAAAAUUGGUUAAUAAUUCAACUUAA